CUCCCUCAUGAUGGAUGACACAGUUGUCACUAUAGAGCCGAGGAUCAACGUGGGCUCCCGUUUCCAGGCAGAGAUCCCCCCCCUCCGUAACCUGCUGCUGAUGCUGUAUGAGGACCACCCCGCCCAGCUCCUCUGGACCCCCUGGGGGGACAUCGGCAGCAACCCCAGAACUCAACAGCGCGUGACAGAGCUGCUGGAUGUGUGCAGUUCCAGUGCUCUGCCAGGAGGGGGCACCAACACAGAGCUGGCUCUGCACUGUCUGCACGAGGUUCAGGGAGACGUCCUGGCUGCUCUUGAUUUGCUGUUAAUCCGGGGAGAUUACACAUCAUCACACAUCAUGAAGGACUACCACUACACAGGGUCAGACCACUGGAGUGCCCGGGAGAAGAGGCUGUUCCGCAGGGCUCUGGUCACCCACAACAAAGACUUCCAGCUCAUUCACAGUGUGCUACCGGGCAAGUCUGUGGCACAGUGCGUGGAGUACUACUAUGCCAUGAAGAAGCUGAAGAAAUUUAAAGUGUGCACUCGAGGGUCCGAGGGCAAAGAGGAAGUCAGCGCAAACACGUCCCCGCGUGGACCCGAGGAAUCUCUUUUGGGAAGAGUGGGCACCAGGAGGGCCCUGGUGAGAUACAGAGGUGCCCCGCUGAUCCCAAACACCCCAACAGCCCCUUUGGAGUACCCCUGUGGGGAGUGUGACCGGAGCUUCGAGAAGGUCAAGAGUCGCAGUGCUCACAUGAAGACCCACCGGCAGCAGGAGAGGGACUGCCCCGCUCACGAGAUCAGUUGCUUGGGGGCAGAGUGCCAGCCGGAAGAGGUGGGGCUAAGAUCAGGUUCAGAGGUUAGGUGGAGGCCGUUUCAUUUUUGACGUAUAUCCUAUUAUUCUGUUUAGGCUGGUGGUCCUUUCGGUUGGCUGCUCUGUUUCUGAACAAUUUCCCAUAGCCUAUACGUAAAUGCAUAAAUACAGUUCCGAAUGUCAUUAUGCCAUCAGUAAUUUGAACAACCAAAUGAGCAAAUCUAGUAAAGUGAUUUUAAUAGUUUUCACUGCUGUAGGGUUGUAUCACACCAGAAGGCAAAUUAUAAACUUGGAUUCUUAACCCUUAGUUUUAAAUUUGGAAUACUGUCAGAACAUACAGCCUUCCGCAUAAAUACAAUCUUUCCAAGCUACUCUGCCUCUAAAAAUGAAAGCAACGCAAAUCCACAACCGGAAGGCACAGUAGCACCUGGAUACCUACAUAUCCAAAUUAAUCUGUCAGUUCCAGAUAUUCCUGUUCCAUGAGUUGAGAUAUAGCACAUUACUGUUUCUGAACACCGCCCUUCCCCCAAUCCCCUCCAGUUUACACUCCUGUUGUUUGAAAUCUAGUGUGUUCAAAUCGUUGGAUGUUCAAGAUCAAGUUUAACCAAGGUUGAGUAAAUUUGGUAUUCGUGUUCAUUGGUUGAAUGUACAAUCUUUUUAAUCCCCACAUUUUGUACCUACACAGUUCAUGAUGGGGCACAUGCAGCAAUUUGUACAUGUUAAAAAUAUUUAGUAAUGCAACAUUUAGUAAUUAUUUGUAAAGUCUUAAGUGCAAAAUACCUGUAAGAAGACAUUGAUGAUGAGUGUUGGAUUUUAUGUACUUGUUAUGCUUUGCAGAUCUUUGAAAAUAAAUGAAUGUUGUUUGAUUAUAGCA